AUGGUACUCGGACAUCGGAAGAACUCGCUCGCUAGCCAUAGCAACCGAUCGUCCACGGAAGAAGCGAGAGACAGCGACGUCGGUGAGGAUGUCGAAAUCGUCAAUGCGGAGCAGGGCAAUGUCCUCACGCACAUCAUAUCACAACUGCGGCCGGGAGCAGACCUUUCCCGAGUCACCCUCCCCACCUUCAUCCUCGAACCACGCAGCAUGCUCGAACGAAUCACGAAUUUCAUGGCACACCCCGAGCUCAUGCUCCCCAUCCCCACCAUCGACGACCCAAUCCAGCGGUUCGUAGCUGUCACCAAGUUCUACCUGUCCGGAUGGCACAUCAAGCCUCCAGGUGUGAAGAAACCACUCAACCCCAUCCUUGGCGAAGUUUUCACUGGCUACUGGGGCUAUCCAGAUGGCACAAAAGGAUAUUACAUCAGCGAGCAGACAUGUCACCACCCACCGAAGAGCAGCUACUUCUUCAUGGCGCCGGAACACGGGAUCAGGAUAGACGGGACGUUGAAGCCACGAAGCAAGUUCUUGGGCAACAGUGUUGGCAGUUUCAUGGAGGGUAUUGCGGUCAUGACGUUUCUUAAGCGUAAUGAGCGGUACUUCAUCACCCAACCUAACAUGUACGCCCGUGGCAUCCUUUUCGGCAAGAUGAAGUACGAGCUCGGCGAUCACGCAGUCGUGCGCUGCCCAGAGAGCGGUCUAGAAGCAGACAUCGAAUUCAAGGUCAAAGGCUGGAUGGGAGGCACCUACAACGCGAUUGGUGGCUUCAUUAAGGACAGCAAGACCGGCAAGAAUCUCUUUGAGCUGAGCGGAUUAUGGCACGAAGAGAUGUACAUCAAGGACUUGACGACAGGCAAGAAAGACCUGCUGUUCAACGCGUCGACAGCCAAGCCCAGCAUAGUGCAGGCACGCCCACUGAACGAACAAUCACCUCGCGAGAGCCAACGGCUAUGGGACACGACGACGAAAGCAAUCAAGAAAGCAGAUCAGAAGACAGCAACCGAUGAGAAGAGUAGAAUCGAAGACGAACAAAGAAAGGAAGCAGCAGAGCGAGGCGAAGACACGACAUGGCAGCCGAAGCUCUUCAGAGCUGCACCACCUGGGGACGAAGAGAAUCUUGACUGGGUCAUUGACGCGAAGGUUGAUAGCAACGCGUCGCCAGAUCAGCAGGUGAAGCAGAUCCUCGCCAUUGCACCUAUACUGCCGGGUCAGCAGAGUCAGAGUCAAGGUCAGAGCACAUCACAGGCACAACAAGACCGCGAUCCGAGGGAGGCACAGCAGGGACAAUUUCAGCAACAGAGCAGAGAUCUCCCACCACAGGCGCAGCAGCAGGCACAACAGAUGCAGCCACAACAGAUGCAGCCACAACAGAUGCAGCCACAGCAAGGUGUGCAGAGGCAAGAGCAAAGAGCAGAGGGAAAUGAGCUGAUCGAUUUCGGACAACAUGACGGUGCUAGCACGGCUUCAGGUGCGGCGGUCGCAGGUCAGUACAUGUCAUCAGCAUCGAGUAUGCAAGGACAGCAAGGAAAGCAGAUGGCGGGCAUGAGCAAUCGUGAUGACUUGGCAGCACAUAUGGGCAACGUGAGCAUCACACCACAGCAGCCACAGAUGCAGCAGCAGACACAACAACGAGCUGGUGGAGAAGCAGGAGCAGGCACAAGUUCCGGAUCAGGCCCGACAGGAUGGAAACCAGGAAUGCCUGUGAAGCGCAUGAAUAGUAUCGGCAACGAGGAGACGUUUGUGGAUGCUGAGUCGUGA